ACUUGGAGCCCUCGCCAGACAACAGCACUGGUCUCACUGGUGUGAAUGGUUUCUGGGUACACACCGUAUCAGGUUGCUGGACUCUCUCUCCCUCGCUUUGUGUGUGUGUGUGUGAGGUUUUGCUGUAAUGCGUAAAGAUCCGCGGGGGAUUUAUCCAGACGGAGGCGAGGACGCACCGCGGACGCACGCUUCAUCCAGAAUGCGUGUGUGUCUCCAAACGAUCUCCCACCACACAGAUGAUUUCCCUGCGUGUGGACGUGCACACAACUAAUUCCAGGAUUAUCUUCAAAAAAAACUUUCUCUAACUCAGUGUAGCAACUUUUUCAGCCCAACAGGUGCGCACUUGCUUUGCGCAGCAGCGUCAGGGUCUGGGGAGCUUUGGAGGAGGCUUAGUCUUGAUUUAAAGAGUGAAAACCCAAAGAAAUCACUCUCUCCGGGACUGAUGAUUAAGAUUAUGUGGAUUCUACUCUGCUUCUAUCGUCUCCAAAUGUGUCCCAAGCAGCACUGGUGUCCUGCGAGCGACGCAUGUGCGUGGUGAUCCAAAACCAUCCCGUCUACCAGCCACCAGCCACCACUCAUCCAAAUGAUCCUUCCAUUCUUUUUCCUCCUUGCAUCGCUUCUCCAACCUUAUGGCUCGGAAGCUGAAUCAAGUCAUGUCACCAAGUUUCACCUUCCAAGCAUAAAGGAGCAGAACGGAGUGCAAGAUUCCCAUCAGGAGAAGAUCAUAACAGUGUCUGGAGAGGGAAUGGUCCAGAGCCCAGACUUCCCACACAGGUAUCCCAGGAAUACUGCAUUGGCCUGGAGACUAGUGGCACCGAGCAACAUGAGGAUCCAGCUCAACUUUGAUGAGAGGUUUGGUCUUGAGGACCCAGAAGAUGGAAUCUGCAAGUACGACUUUGUGGAGAUCGAGGAUCUGACUGAGAAGACCAUGCUGGGUCGCUGGUGCGGGUCACAGUCAGUACCAGCCAGUCAGACAUCCAAGGGCAGCCAGGUCAGGAUUCGCUUCAUCUCUGACGAGUACUUUCCCUCUGAGCCGGGAUUCUGCAUUCGCUUCUCCCUCCAGCCUGUGAGUGCAUCAGGUCCCGAGGUCCCUGCAGUUCCCGCUCCGUCCCUGCAGGGCAUGGAGGAUCUGUCGGAGGCUGUGGCCGGGCUGGGCACCAUGGAGGAGGUCAUGAAAUACCUGGAGCCAGAGCGAUGGCAGCUGGACAUGGAAGAGUUGUACAAACCCUCGUGGCACAUUCUCGGGAAAUCCUUCAUUCAUAACAAGAAAGCCAGAGGAGGGGCUGAUCUCAAUCUGCUGCGAGAGGAGGUGCGACUCUACAGCUGCACGCCACGCAACUUCUCUGUGUCCUUGCGUGAGGAGCUGAAGAGGACAGAUGCCAUUUUCUGGCCCAGCUGCCUCCUGGUGAAGCGCUGUGGUGGAAACUGCGCCUGCUGCUCUCACCGCUGCUACGAGUGUCAGUGUGUCCCCACCAGAGUCACCAAGAAAUACCACGAGGUCCUGCUGCUGAAACACCGGAGCGGAGGCCGAGGCCUGCAGAAGUCCAUGACUGACGUUCCCUUGGAGCACCACGAGGAGUGCGCCUGUGUGUGUAACGAUGACUGGGACUGACCUCACACACGUGUAAUAGCCACCACUGGAAUCACACAGCACGUAAAAAAGAAUGAACCUCUGCCACUGUCGCGACGCUCUGUGCCUCAUCCACUUCCGCCGGGGAGCUCCAAAAAGAUUUUCCCAUUUAUCCUAUUGUCCUUUGGCUAAUUGGAUGGAGCAGAACAAACUGGAAUCUAAUAAAACUUCUGAAUCGAUUCGACUGCUGUGGGAUACCAAUAGAGAGACUCAAAUCCACUGGAGCAGAUCUGGACUAUUACCUAUGUGCCCUGAAGACUAUUUUCCUCAGCUCCUCUGAGAUAAGAGCAUUGAGGCAUUUUUUCUUGCCUCUUCUUCUCGAGGUCUUUUUUUAAGUUCAGCCUGCGUGGGCUGAUAGUGUCAUGGAAAAUGGGAGCUUUCUUUGUUCAAGUACUUUUUUAUUUGUAUAAGUGAGUCGGCUCCGGCUGCCUGACUCCCUCGGCUUCUCUAUUAUUACCAUCCAGGCAAAGGAAGGUGCUUCUUCACAAGCAGUUUUUCUUGUGUUUCGCCGAAGGUUAAAUCUGCAGCCGCAGCCUCCUCAAUGAGACUAUAUCACAUGUAAAUAUUUGCUUUUUCUUUUCUGUACUUUUGUGCCUUUUCUACCAAAGAUUCUCCAGGAGAAGAUAAAAGUUGCACAAGCAGAACCAGCUCAUUACGGCUCUUCAUUCAACCAAUCUUAGCAAAAUACAAAUCUGCUUUUGUUUGUAUUAGAUAUUUAUUUGUCUCAUGAAAGGGAAUUUUUCUUUUUUGUCCAAACUGUGUCACUGUGUCAGUAGAUAUUAGUCAUUUUCAUCAUUAGUCAUUUUUACAUUGUGUCAUGGAUAUUUUUCAU